AUGAUGCGUCCGAUGAGAUUAACUCAGUCCGCCAGUCGCGGAUUCUCACGACUGCUAGCCGUCGCCGCGACGGCUCUCGUCUUCGUCGCCCUAGUGGGGGAUAUGCUCCCGCCGUGCGCGGCGGUCAACGUACAAGCAGCAGGACGAAGGCCGGGGGCGAAGCAGUACAUCGUGAAUUUGAGGGCCGUGCCGUCAGUGCUGUCGUACCGGGGAGGAAUCAGCGGGCUGAGGGCGACAGCUACUGUAGACGAUGAGGAGGAUGAGUAUGACGAGGAUGACGGGGAGGAGGGGGGUGAUUCACCUGGUGAUGGAAAGGAUUCGUUUGAUGCGGAUAUCCUGUCUGCUGCUGUGGCUGCUGCCGAGGCUGCAGUGGAGAUUGGCGGAGUGGUGGGAGCAGCAGGGGGGGCAGGGGAAGCAGGGGUAGCAGGCGUGGCAGGGUUAGCAGCAACAGCAGCAGCUGGUGGGAUAGGGGGACGGUUGGGAAAGAAAGUGGGAAUCCGCGCAGUGGCGUUUAGAGAGGCAAGGAUGGAUGAUCUGGUGAGGCGGGUGGGUGUGCGCCUGAGGAAUUUCCGAUCGCGGUCGGCUGGCUUGGGCCGGAGACUGCUGUCUCGCGUUGCUGCUGCUGCAGUGGCCGCUGCAGCUGAAGAGGCAGCAGGAACUCAUGCUGACGCUGAUACUGAUGCUGGUAGUGGUGAUAGUGAUAGUGAUGCAGCCUUGGACGCUUCUGGGUUCCCCUUUUUCAAUUCUUCUCACCCUGCGCACGAUGCUGCUGCUGCUGCUGCUGCUGCUGCUGCCUUUAGCACCGUUCGUGGCAUAAGUUCAGCAUCAGCAUCCACGUCAGCAGCAGCGGGAGCCACGUCACCCGUGCUGACAGCGCAGCAGCUGAGCGUGAGAGCCGCGCACAUCAUGCGCACCACGCCGUGGGGCCGCCUCAUGCGACCCGACGUGCGGUUACCGCACGUGCAGGCCUUCACGAGCUUCCUGGAAGCUUCUCACCGCAGCCUGCUGCGAUCGCUCAACAUUCCCGUCUCUUCCAUUUUCCACAGCUAUUCGUACCUGAUGAACAGCUUUGCGGCUCAGCUCACCCCUGCGGAAGCGAAAAGGCUGCGUUUCCACCCCGCGGUGGCAGACGUGGAGCCAGACAGGAUAGUGCGCAUGACCACCUGGCCGAUGUGGCCGAUGUGGAGGCCGGCUGCUGGCGGGCAGAGCAGUGCGGGGGAGGGCAUGAUCAUCGGGGUUAUAGACUCGGGGAUCUGGCCCGAACACCCCUCUUUCGCUGACCCGGACCCAAACGGAGCAGCCUAUUCCGCCAAGCCCACUCGGUGGCGGGGCGUGUGCACCAAGACUGCGGAUUUCCAGGCGUGCAACAACAAGCUGAUCGGCGCGCGCUACUUUCUGAAGGGCGCGGAGUUUACGUUUGGCAAGCUGGACGAAACCGAAGAGUUCCGGUCGGCACGAGACAAAGUGCAGCACGGCACGUGGUGUGCGGGGGCUGCUGCAGGCAACGCAGGAAUAACAGUCACUACAGGGGGUCGCAGUUACGGCACAGCAUCAGGCAUGGCACCGCGGGCACGACUGGCCGUGUACAAGGCGCUGUGGACCAUUGGGGGGUACGAGGGCACUGGAGCCUCGUCGGAUCUCAUCGGUGCGGCUGAAAAGGCUGUUGCUGACGGUGUGGAUGUGAUCUCAUGCUCGUGGGGCGGCCUCGCCAUGUACUUCCAAGACUUGCCGUACCUGCGUGGCUUGAAGGCAGGGGUAGUGACAGCCUUUGCAGCAGGCAACGAGGGCAAGCCCAACCCCAGCAGCAUCUGGGGCACCCUUGGGAAUGUCUCGCCAUUCUACCUCACUGUUGGAGCGAGCACGAUAGGGCGGGAGUACAAGGCAGUGCUGACCUUAGGGGAUGCCACCACCUUCAAUGGCCGCAGCCUGGGCGGCACCGCUGCCACGGGCUCUGCUCUGCCGCUUAUUCUGGCCGAGUCUGCUCUGCUGUCCGGAGGGGAUAAGGCUAAGGCGCGACAAUGUUACAGCGGGCACAUCAGCAGGACUGCAGUUUCUGGGAAGUUUCUCGUGUGCUCCAUCCUCACACGCAAAAUGGGGCUCCUGCUGGCAGAUGCAGAUCUCCUGGGGGCGGCUGCUAUCCUCGUUAUAAGCGGGACGCCCAAGGAGGACAUGCAGCAUCGCAUGCCCUACACCAAAACCCCCAGCAUCUUCCUCCCGUACUCGCGUGGCGAAACGAUCAAGAGCUAUGUUCAAACGGAAAGCAGCCCCACAGCGACUUUAUCUGCCUACACCGAAUCAUACACCGACAACGCCCCCCAAUUCGCCUGCUCUUGCUUCAUGCUUUUCCCCCGCUUCCCUCCCGCCCCUCCAAUCCCUCACCUUUUUCCCUUCCACAGCCCCACAGCAACUCUAUCCGCCUACACUGAAUCUAACUCCAACAACGCCCCCCAAGUCGCCUUCUUCUCGUCAACCGGUCCGCCGCGCAGCGCACGCUACCCGCCCGCGCUUCUAAUCCGCGACUUCCCCACUAACGACAUCCUUAAACCCGACGUCAUGGGCCCGGGGUUCCUACUAUGGGCCGCGGCGCCGGGAAAGGCUGUCGCGACCGCCGCGACCGACGCGCCCGAGUUUAACUUCUGGUCAGGAACGUCUAUGUCGACGCCGCAUUUGGCGGGAAUCAUGGCUCUGAUCGUGCAGGAGAAACCUCACUGGUCGCCCGCACAGGUGAUUUCCGCAAUCACGACGACGGCCUAUACGAGGAAUAAAAACGGGCAGCCGAUUCAGCGGGCGGACGGGUCGAAAGCGAACGCAUGGGAUUUUGGAGGCGGGCACGUGAAUCCCACGCGCGUGCUCGAUCCAGGGCUCACGUUUCACAGCGCGCAGAAGCAGUUUGUGAAUUUCCUCAUGGGGAGGGAUCCGCUGCGAGCGAAGAAGCGGUUUUGGCGAAUGGGGAAGGCUCGGCCGAUUUUCCCCUGGAGCAUCAACCGGCCCUCGAUUGCGACCAACACGGGCACUCAGUACCUGUGA